AUAUGAAUUUUAUGAUUAAGUUUCUCAACUUUACCCUUCAUUAAAGUUUUGCCUAUAAAUACAUAUAGUUUUUGGUUAUUUUGGAUCCAUAUUGCCAACCUAUCCAAAAACCCCUCAUAUCUCAUCCCUUUUUCUUUCAAAAAUACAAAAUAUUGUAUAUUUUUUGUCUCUAGAAGACGAGAAAUUUUGGGUACACAAAAUCUAAUAUUAGCUCAUUGUAGCUACUUAUUAAGGUUUAUCUGAUCUGUUUUUCUCAACCUCAUUCUAAAAGGGUAUUCCAAGAUUAGGAUUUUUUCUAUAUAUAUCUAUACACAACAAGAAAAAAUUUCAUACGCAAGGAGAGAUUUAAUAAUUAACUCUGAACUUUUGUUAUAUUUUCUGGGUUCAAUUUUUUUUUGGGGUGUGAGAAAUAAUAGUACAAAUACAUCAAUAAUUUGGAUCGAGUAGUGUUUUUGAAUUGGGUUUUCUGGUUGAUUCAAAAAGGAUCUUAAUUUUUAGAAACAGAUUAUACAUAUAUAUAUAUAUAAAAUUUAUAUAAAUAAUUAAGAUCAUGACUUGUUUGGUUUCUCGGACUGGAAGGGAGUUACAGAGGUAUAAUAAUAUGGGCCGCCGUCAAGUUGUAGGGUGUAUACCUUACAGAUACAAAAAUAUUGAGAAUAAUAAUAAUGGAGAUGAUUCAAGUAAUUGUAAUAUUAGUAGCAAUAUUAAUGAAUUGGAAGUUCUUGUUAUCAGUUCACAAAAAGGUCAAGGCCGAUUCAUGUUUCCAAAGGGUGGUUGGGAGGUUGACGAAUCUUUAGAGGAAGCAGCUUCUCGGGAGUCUCAUGAGGAAGCUGGUGUACUCGGCAAAGUCCAGUUGGAACUGGGUAAAUGGAGCUUCAUUAGCAAAAGGCAUAAUACAUAUUAUGAAGGUUACAUGUUUCCUUUGCUUGUGAAUGAGCAACUUGAUUUCUGGCCUGAGAAAAAUCUCCGUCGAAGAAUUUGGAUGAGUGUAACAGAAGCAAGAGAAGUGUGCCAACAUUGGUGGAUGAAAGAAGCUUUAGACAUUUUGGUGGAAAGGCUUUCAUCAUCAUCAUCAUCAUCAUCAUCAUCAUCAUCAUCAUCAUGUCCAUGUCCAAUAGAUGAAGAAAUAAUAGUAGACCAAAAUCAACAUCAACAUCAACAUCAUGAACAAGAUAUCAUUAUUAGUAGUAAUAAUAAUAAUGAUGAAGAUCAUGUAUUAGCACUGGCUUGUGCUCUUAGUUAAAUUACUUAAUUAGUCACAUUCCACCACUUUCUGUAAAUAUAGAGAGAGAAGAAAAAAAAACUACUCAAAUCAUCAACAGUUGUUUUAAUGGAUUUUGGAGUUAAUUUAUUAAUUAAUUAAUUCCUAAAAUCAUGACAUUAAUACACCCCCAAAUAGAUUUCAGUACUCUUAAUUAAGAAGCUUAUUGUCAAUAUCAGUCAGAAUAAUGUGUUUUAGGCAGAGAAGAAAAAAAGGUGUAUACAUUAAUUAAAUUGUAAGUACUUGCUUAGGAGUACUUUUCAUAAUGAUAUUGAUAUGCAUGCUUUUUUUGGGAAUUUAA